UACCUUCAACUCAACAACAACACACGCAUUAAUUACCCCAAGUCACCAACUUCUUCCUUUCUUGCUGAGAGAUGGAUUCCAAGAUAUCUUCCUCAUCAGCUGCUUUGUUCCUUUGCCUCAACCUCCUCUUCUUUGCCCUAGCAAGCGGCUGCAACACUUGCGUUCAGCCGAAGACGCCGAACCCUAACCGUAUCCCUAACCCUUUCUCUUCGAGAGGCUCCAGUUGCCCAAGAGAUGCGCUGAAGCUGGGCGUAUGCGCCAAAGUGCUCAAUGGACCGGUCAAUGCCGUCAUCGGAACACCACCAGACAUGCCUUGUUGCUCAGUCCUGGAGGGCCUUCUUGAUCUUGAAGCAGCCGUUUGCCUUUGCACCGCCAUUAAGGCCAACAUUCUCGGGAUCAACCUCAACAUCCCCAUUUCCCUCAGCUUGCUCAUCAACACUUGUGGCAAGAACGUUCCAUCUGACUUCCAAUGUGCCUAACAAGAACUGAUCAAUGAUCACAUCACGCUACAUUGUUGUUCUUGUUGUUGUUGCUGUGUCUCUUGCACUAACUGAAGUUGUUGUUGGGUCAUUUCACUUUAAAUCCUUUGUGAUUUUUGGCUUAGUGGUUUUAACUUCUAGGGUUCGAAUAACGUGUUUAGGUUGAGACUUGAUUUCUGAUUGUGUGAUUGUGAGGUGUGAGGGCAUGAGAAAUGUUCCUUAUUUGUGAUUUAGGCUAGGGAAAAAAAGGGCAAGCUUAGAUGAUACCAGAAAUUCUAUGAGAACCAAACUACGGUGUACUCUACGACCCAUCUCGCAUGGAACCUUUAUCUUUUCCUAAUAAGUUCUUCUACUAUA